UUUGAUGGCGGGGCUGCUUUUGGCUUUCCCGACAAACCUGAAGAUGCAGCAAAAGCUGGUCUUGUCAGUGGGAAGGAUAACAUAAUCGACAGAAGCAUCCAAGAUGCUUAUAUUCAUGCUAUUCGUCGAGCAAAGAAUUUUAUUUACAUUGAAAAUCAGUAUUUUCUUGGAAGCUGUUAUGACUGGCAAUGUGAUGAUGUCAAAGUAGAGGACAUAGGUGAUUUGCAUGUCAUCCCAAAGGAACUUGCAUUGAAGAUCUGCAGUAAGAUUGAAGCUGGGGAAAGGUUUACCGUUUAUGUUAUUGUCCCAAUGUGGCCAGAAGGAAUCCCCGAGAGCGCUUCUGUACAAGCAAUAUUAGAUUGGCAGAAAAGGACAAUGGAGAUGAUGUAUAAGCACAUUGUUCAAGCCAUGAAUGCUAAAGGUAUUGAGGAGGAUCCCAGGAAUUAUUUGACAUUUUUCUGCAUUGGUAACCGGGAGAUGAAGAAGAGCGGAGAAUAUGAACCUUCUGAGACCCCAGAGCCUGAUUCUAAUUACAUGCGAGCUCAGGAGGCUCGUCGCUUCAUGAUCUAUGUCCAUUCCAAGAUGAUGAUCGUGGAUGACGAAUACAUCAUAGUUGGAUCCGCAAACAUAAACCAGAGAUCAAUGGAUGGUGCUAGAGAUUCUGAAAUAGCCAUGGGAGCCUACCAGCCUCAUCAUUUGGCCACAGCGGAACCAGCUAGGGGUCAAGUUCAUGGUUUCAGAAUGGCAUUGUGGUACGAGCACCUUGGUAUGCUUGAUGAGACCUUUCUACAUCCAGAAAGUGAGGAAUGUGUGACGAAGGUGAAUAAAAUAGCUGAUAAUUACUGGGAUCUGUAUUCAAGUGAUAGUCUGGAAAGAGAUCUGCCAGGUCACCUGCUUCGCUACCCCAUUGGAGUGACCAGUGAAGGGGAUGUCACGGAGCUACCAGGCCAUGAGUUUUUCCCCGACACCAAGGCCCCAGUUCUUGGUACUAAAUCGGACUACCUUCCUCCUAUCCUCACUACAUAAGUGGAUAAUUCUCGUGUUAGCUUGUUGUGGCGAAGAGUUAACAAACUCGUGAGUUACUUGAAAGGUGCAGUUUGUUGUGCAAUAAUACUUUAUAGAUUUCUGUUGGGCAUUUUGUUGGACAGUAACAUGACUUUGUAUGAGGUUCUUGUUGUUGACUGCAGUCUUUGUUGUAGUUCUUUACGUUUUACAGGCGUGUUUUGGAAUGGUCAUAGAAGUAGAUUUGCAAUCUUGGAAAUUAGCCCUGUAAUACUUUCCGUCUCGACUCUUUAUCCCAUCUUAAUCUUUGUUACGUCAUUUUUAACUGGAAA